GUGAAUGAUCGGUACUUUGUGAGUGAUGUCACCUCCUAUGCAGCUGGAAACUUUACCGCGGCUGCGAGCCCCUUCUUCUAUGGCUGGUCCUACGCAGAUGUGUCCUACGGCCUGGAUGGCGUGAGCAUCCGCGCUGAGGGCAUGAUUGGCUUCUCCGGCGCCCUGCAGCGCUGUGCGGAUGAGGGCGAAGGCUUAGAGGGCGGUGCCGUCCCGCCCAGCUAUGACCUGCGGGUACAGAAGCCAGGCUGUGAAGCGGGUCCCGUCUACGACCAGGGCAACUGCUCCUCCAGCUAUGCCAUUGCUGCAGCCACAGCGCUGGCUUCACGGUUCUGUUUUAGCGACCCGGAGGCCUAUGCCAAGACGCAGUUGGCGCCGCAGCAGAUCGUGUCCUGCGACAAGAAGAGCCAGGGCUGCAAUGGUGGCGGCAUCGAUGCCGUGUGGAGCUACAUCGAGCGACGGGGCUUGUUCCCAGAGAAAUGCGUGCCCUUCGCCGGCGCGAAGGCAGCCGCAUGCAAGAGUGACUGCAAUCCAGAGCAGAAGCUGAAAGCGCUGGAGCACUGCCUGAUGGGUGGGGAGAAGCGGAUUAAGCGCGAGAUCUACAACCGAGGCCCUGUGGUCAUUCCGGUCCUGCUGAAAGAUGAUUUCCUCGUCUACAAGAGCAGCGUCUACACGCCCACGGAGAACGCAAACCAGCAAUACGGUGCGAAUAGUGAGCCGCUGGUCACGGCCGUGACCAUCAUGGGCUGGGGCAGAUCAGAGGGUACUCCCUACUGGCUCGUGAAGAACUCCUGGGGCGCUGGCUGGGGCGAGGACGGUUAUGCCCGGAUUGCCAUCGGCUCGGGCGCAGUGCGAGAGGAGUCUGCGAUUGUCGGCUAUGCAGCGACGCCCGAGGCCCUCGAAGAGGACGCGAGGAAGAAAGAGGCCGCAGAGAAGCGGCGCGAGGAGAUGAAGAAGGAGCGCGCGGAGCGCGACGCGCGAAUUCGGGAGCGAGAAGCCGCUCGUGCGGCCGAGGCAGCUGCGAAGGCUGGCUCGGAGGACGAGGAUCUCGACUUCGAGGACGAUGAAGAGGUGGAUAUCGAUUCUGAGGAGAGUGGAGACGAUCCCUGA